AUGAUCAGAAAUUCAAGUUACACAAACUUCGUUUGCUGUGCUGUUUGUAAUAAAGUUAUUCCACCAGCCCCUUUAGGGGAAACCUUCAAACGGAUCCAUCAGUACAAGCCAUUUAAGACACGCUUUUACACUCACAAGGAUAUACUGGAUAUCGGGGCAGAUAUUUUGAAUAAAGAAGAACGAUUUCAAGAGGCUGUACUCAAAGAACGAAUUGCAAAAGCAGAGGCUAAUGUGUGGGCUCAGGCUGAUGAACGUCAAAAACAAGCAGUGGAGAAAGCACUUGAAGAAGCAAAUGAAUUAUAUAAAUUUAAAAUUCAGAUUCUGGAAGAGGAACAUCAAAAACAUUUACAGGAAAUGACAGCUAAAUCCAAGACAGAGAUGCAGCAAAACAUAGAAGAAGAACUAAAGAGAGAAAACUUGGCUGCAGAACAACGUAUGGUCCAUAGAAUCCAAAGAAUCAUGAUGGAGUGCCACAAGGAGAAAAUCCAGGCUGUGGAAAAAGCCAGGGCCGAAGAGAGACGUAAGGCCCAGGAAGCAAUCGAGGCCCAGAGAAGCAAGGCCGUGGAAGAACUUUUGAAUAGUGGUGUGACAGUUAUUAAGGAUCAGAAGAAGAGUGUGAGCCGGUUGGUAAAGGAAAAAGAACGUGAAAUGAACAUCUACUACUGCAUGGCUCAGAGGCAGAAGCAAGAAGAAGUCCAAGAAGUGCUUCAAGAAGCAGAGAAAACACAUCAGGUCACACUUGGAAAUGUGGUGGAUAAACUGGUUAACACUCAGGCGGAGCUGCUGUCGGUAGCAGAACAACUGGGAAUUAUGACAAAUUGGAAAGAUUUCCUGGAGGAAGAAUUACAAGAAACGAGAGAGGCAUUUCAAAAAUACAUCAAUUAUACAUUUCCUAACCUUUCACCAGGACAUGCAGAUUUUAUUCUGCCAGAAAGAAAGAAAACACCUUCUAAUUUUAUUAUUCAGGAGAAUGAAACAACUCUUAAGUAG